AUGAUUGUAGCGUUUACUAUUGCUUGGACACCGUACUCUCUCUUCGCUUUAACGGAACAGUUUGCAACAGAAGGAAUAAUUUCGCCUGGCUUAGGUGUCAUACCAGCACUUAUUGCAAAAAGCUCAAUUUGCUACAAUCCGCUUAUUUAUGUUGGAAUGAACACACAGUUUCGCCAAUCUAUAAGACGUGUUUUUGGUAUACAUAGUAAAGGACAUUCACCGACAGAAAAAGAAUAUCAUAACACUAUAGUAUCUCAAAAGCUGUCUGCAAUAAAUGAAAUUACCAUACGAUAUAAUAUUUCGGAAUCGAAUUUAUUGACUACACCUCAGAGAGCUGAAAAAAAUAAAAUUCCUACUGAUGAACGAGCUGAUGCUACAAGAAGCGAUUUCAAUAGCAAAAACUAUCCAAAGAUUCCAGAAUUAUCAAUAAUCCAAGAAAAUAAAACAGCAUCAGAUGUAGAAAGGUCUGGUGAUGUAGUCUAUGAUGAUGAUUCCAAUAACAGCAACACUAAUAUGGAGUCCUUUGUUGAACCUUGCAAGCUUGCCGAUAAUCCUUUAAUUUUAAAAAUAGUAGAAUCAGAAAGUCUCCUUCUUAGCCAAACAAUUAAAAAUAACAAUAUCAAGGGUCUUUUAAAACUUUGUAGUGUUCAAGGUCUUAAAAUACAUUCAAAUGAAGAUAUUAUAUUAGACGAUUCAAUAGAAAUCUCAAGGAAACUUCACACCAUGAAACAUAGUUAUUCAUUAGAUUUAAGCGGCGUUUCAAAUCAGGAGAAACGCCGUAAACUUUCUAUAGAAACAAAGAGAGAAUCUUUCAAACCACCGCAAGGUUUUUAG